AUGACGUACUUAAAACUAUUUUUAUUGCUUCUUAUUUGUUCUGUUCACUCGCAAUAUAAUGCACAACAGCAGUUACCCCCUCAACAACAUCCACAACAAGGACAAUUUCCAUCACCACAACAACAACAACCUCAAGUAUCAGAUUUUCAUCAACAAAAUCAACAUUUUCAACAGCAAAAUCAACAAAAUUCUCAACAAACAAAUGGUGGUGUCUCUCAAAAUCCACAACAACAAAAUAAUAAUAAUAACAAUCGUUUACCAUCACAACAGCAACCAUUAUCAUCAAUGCCCUUUCAACGUUAUCUAGUUGGAAAUUUAAGUGAAUCAUUUACUUUUAACGUAGCUCCACCCGGAACAAAUGUACAUUAUUUGGGUUUAAAUGGCGAAUCAUUAUAUGUAAAUGGUUUAGGUUUUGCUAAUAAAACACGCUUUCAAUUUAAUGAACAAACGAAUGAAUUAAAAAUUUAUGAAUUAGAUUCAGCUGUAGUAGGAACAUAUUCAGCCGUUGAAAAUGGAUGGAAUACACAUUAUACAAUUAUUACAGCUAUUAAUAUAUCAUCAUUUCAAAUAUCUAAUUAUCAUGGUUCUGAAGAUCGUAAUGGUUCAACCUUAACCACAUGUUCAGUGACAUUAAUUCGUAGUCGAACCGAUCAAGUUUCACCUGAAUAUUUACCACGUCUAGAUUUGUUUGUAUCUACAAGGCCGAUUGAAAAACGUUAUAAUGAUUCGUUUGUUGGACAAAAUUUUACAAGACAAGUUACUAUUCAACGUCCAUUAACAAGAGGUGAUUAUCGCGAUAAUGGAACAGUGACAUGCCACAUAGUAUCAGCAAAUGAUAAAGAUUUAUAUCUAACACAAACAGUUAACAUUAAUAUUGAAUAUGGUCCAGAUUUCGAAACCGGAGCAUCUGAGAGUGUAACACUUGUAAAUGAAGUAUUAAAAUCUGUGUCAAUGGAUUGUCAAAUUGAAGCAAAUCCACCGGCAAGUUAUGUCUGGUACGAUACGAGUAAUACAACCACACCGUUGCAGGCAGCGUUGAGUUAUCAGAAUAAUCAACAACGGCAACAAAUGGAAGGAGGAGGUGUAGGAAAUUCGUUCAGCGGUAGUGCUGGUGUGAGUAGUGGACGAUCAGUAUUUGGUAUACAACGUCAAAUACAACGAUAUUAUCAACAUCCGGGUAUUUAUUCCAUGCAAUGUCAAGCACAAAGUGGAGGAAAAACAGUAUCACAAAAUUUUAACAUUACCAUAUUACCUCAAGCUAUUGGAGAAAAAUCUACUAUUGAUGGUAGUCAAAGUGGAAGAAGAUCAGUGAAUUGGGCAGCAAUUAUUGGCGGAUCUAGUGGUGGCGCUCUUCUUCUGUUAGCUAUAGCAAUUAUUAUUAUUGGAAUCGUUCUUGUGCGGCGAAAAAGAUCACGACCAAAACAUGAUGGGAGUAUGUCACAUCAAAAGUCUACUCACUCCCCACCUUCUAGAAAACAACAUAAACAAAAUGGUAUUAAAAAAACUGCAUGGGGUAAAAAACCAUUGGGCGGUAUUGGUAGUGAUUACCAUUUUAAACAACCUUUAACAUCAAUGUCCACUUCGCGUCUUGUUGAUAAUCAAGAUCUACAAGAUCAAAAUCCUGUUCAUACAUCAGCUGAAACUGUUACACAAUCCACAUCGUUAGAUCAUCAUUUACCACCUCCUAUUCCUAAAUAUCCACAUCACGUACAAGAUUCACCAGGCAUGAAUACAUCUAGUGCCGCAUCCUCCUAUAGACAUCAACAACAAAAACAACCAUUCCCAGCUACUCCCACCCAUAAUAAUCAUCAUUUAGCUAAUAGUCGAACAUCAUUGUCUUAUCGCCAAGCAACAGCGGGUUUACCCGGAUUUCAACAACAUGAACAAAUACAAUCAACGGAUAAACGUAGUCAAUCACCUACCAAUACUGAACCAGAUACAUCUCUUCAUCGUUCUCGCACAACAACUCCUUUUGGUUCACAUAAAAGUUUAUCGGAGUCUAUUCAAUCCCUCCAACGACAACAGCCAGCUCUUUCAUUACCUAUUAAGAAAAAAUCUCCCAUCUUACCACCAGUUCCACUAAAGCCUAAUGUAACUGAACAUAUUUAUCACAAUCCUGCACAACUCAUUGAACAACAACAAAGAGAAAAUAUUAAAAAUAAACAAUUACCAUCUGCAUUAUUACGACAACAAGAACAUAACACGUCGUCAGAAUCAGAUUUAGACGAUGAAGAAAUAGAGAAAAAUGUGCCCGAUGCUGAUACCGCUUAUCCAGAAGAAACUGUUUGGUACGAAAUUAAAAUCUAUUAUAUUUGCUUUCGUGUAUUAAUUGAAAUAGAAACACAUAGUGUUAAAUUGGCUAAAAAGAAACAUCCACUCUCACAUUCACAUACUCAUGAUAAUAAUAAUCAUCGUCCGCUUGUAGUGGAUAAUUGUACUAACUAUUAUCAACAGGAAAACGGGGCCUAUUCACCCUAUUCAAGUAAAAAGUCAUCAUAUAAAGGUCUCAGUUAUCAAAAUAAAAUCAACACACCCGGUUACAAUCAAGUGGAUUUUGGUAAUCAUGCUGGAAGUCGUGGACCACUUCGUUCUAUUACACCACCGCCCCCACAAAAAAUAGCCGUUCAUCAUUCCGUUCAUGUACAAGAUGAAGCUCCACCAUCAUAUCAUCAAGAUUAUGUAGACGCAUAUCCAACUAUACAAACACAAAUAACUGCUGAUGCACGACGUUAUUGUAUUGAUGUCGAAUAUGAAAGAGUAACAAAGACAAAUAUGCAAGGUGAAGCAAUCGCUGCUCUAAUGGAAUGUUAG